AUGGGUGAUUUGUCAAAUCAACAACAACAACAAACAGAAGAAUUAUAUAUUAGUUCAAAAAUUGUUGUCAUUAUUUAUAGUAUAUUAUUUAUAAUAUCAAGUAUUGGUAAUACAACCGUAUUUAUAUCAUUAAUAAAAAAUCGUCAUCGAAAAUUACGUAUAAAUUUAAUGAUUUUAAAUUUAACAAUUGCCGAUCUAAUUGUAACAUAUAUAAUGAUACCGUUGGAAAUUUGUUGGCGUAUUACAAAUGAAUGGCUUGCCGGUGAUAUUGUUUGUAGAAUUAUGCAAGCAUUUCGUGCAUUUGGUCCAUAUUUAUCCAGUAUGGUAUUAGUUUGUAUAUCGUUAGAUCGUUAUUUUGCUGUUAUACAUCCAAUGAAAGUUAAUGAUGCACAUCGUCGUAGUAAAAUUAUGUUAACAUUUGCUUGGUUGAUUAGUAUUGUUUGUAGUGUACCACAGACAAUUGUAUUUCAUACUGAAUCACAUCCACAAUAUCCAGAUUUUGUACAAUGUGUUUCAUAUAAUUCAUUAACCGAACGACAAGAAAUACUUUAUAGUACAUUCGGUAUUGCAGCAUUAUAUCUAAUACCAUUGAUUAUAAUUAUAUUCUGUUAUGUAAGAAUUAUAUGGGAAAUAUAUAAAAGAUCAAUACAAUUAUCAAAAGAUAAUCGAAAUAAUAAUGUAGAAAAAUGUAAUCAACGUACAACGAUGCAUAUCAAUAAUGAUAAUCAAGAUUGUCAUCAACAAACUAAUUCAGUUGGUUCGGGUGUUAGUGAUGAACAAAAUAAUAAUAAUAAUGAUCAAAAUGAUAAUAAUAAUAAUCGUAGUAAAAGUCGAUUCCAUUUACGACGUUCCGAUCUAUCACAGGUAGAAAAAGCACGUAUUCGUACAUUACGUAUGACAAUUAUUAUUGUUAUGGCAUUUGUUUGGUGUUGGACACCAUAUGCAUCGAUUGUAUUAUUAUUUCAUUUUUAUAAACCACAAGUAGAAAAUAUGCACAAAGAUUUAAAAGAUGCUUUAUUUAUGUUUGCUGUUUCAAAUUCCUGUGUUAAUCCACUUGUUUAUGGUUCAUAUACAACCGUUGCCGAACAAUUAACAGAUAAAUUCAAAUAUAGUGAAGAUCGUGUUGUCAAUGAUGAUGGCCUUAUUACAAGUCGUGGACCUGGAUCUGCAUUUGAAUUUGCAUUGGAAAUUGUCAGACAAUUAUUGGGUGAAACAAAAGCUAAAGAAAUUCAACCACCAAUGAUGUUAAAAAUGCCUUAAAGUUUAAUUUGAUUAUAUUUUUAUUUUAUUCAACAAGAAAAAUUUAAAACUGUCAAACUAUAUUCACAAAUUCUAAAAUACAAAAAAAAAUUAGUUAUAAUUGAAAUAAUAAU